CGGACACGAUGAAACGAAGAGGGUCCUUCAGGGUCCUGCUCGAUACUUUCAGGGAUUUUACGGAGCAGACUAGCAUCCACGGAUUGAAAUACGUUUGUCAGAGGAAUAUAAGUGUUUCUGAGAGGAUAUUCUGGGCUAUGGUUACUUUCUGUAGCAUCGGAAUGGCAAUAUACAUGACAACAUUGUUCUGGGACAGAUACACCAGUAACCCGACCAGGACAACUGUGACCACACUGCAUGCUCCUACUAUAGCCCUGCCCUUUCCAGCAGUCACUCUUUGUAACGAAAAUAUUGUGGUCGAAUCCAAAGUCAGAGCUCUCGUUGAGACCCUGAAUUACAGUAACGUCAGUGAGGAUGAUCUUAUAAAUUGUUUCCUUCAACUACAAGCAUUAACGAACCAAGACCAGGUCAUCUGGAAUGUCCAAGAUUUCCAGAAGCUACACCUGGUGUUGCAUAGAAAUAAUUUAACCAUCUUGGACGUUAUAAGCAGAGUUGGGCAAAAUUGCGAAGAGAUGUUGCUGAAUUGCCAAUGGAAUUUCAUGAGCGUGAAUUGUAGCGAAGUGUUUAGGAAUACUUACUCCAAACUAGGACUCUGCUGCACGUUUUAUGGAAACUUGAGGUUUAACAAAAAACAAACUUUCACCGAUAAUUAUGGAACAGAAGGAACUUUAUCACUAGUUACAAAUCCGAAAGUGGAACCAAACAAGUACUUUCUAGGAGCAAUGGGUUUACGGAUACUCUUUCACGACGCCCUGAGCUAUCCAGAUUUCAGGGCUUUGAAGAAGAUCAUAACCACCGGUACCCAAACGCAGAUUCAGAUAUUCGGAACGAAAAUAGUCUGCAGUUCAGGGAUGUCCAAACUGGCAUUGGAACAAAGAGGAUGCGUGUUUCCAGGUGAAGUGACUUUGAGGCAUUUCACAACGUACUCCGACGCGAACUGCCUGAUAGAAAAACAAGCUUAUGAGAUGAUGGAUAUCUGUGGUUGUGUGCCAUUCUACUACGAUUUCAUAGAUUUUCCCAAAUGUAACACCCUCCAGCUAGCUUGUUUCAUAGAGGCUUCAAUUAGGAACGAAAGUUGGCUGGAGUAUAGUGACGAUUGUCCAGCUUCUUGUGAAGAUACUUUAUACGAAGUGAAAACUACUCAGGUCAAGUUGGAGAAAGGAGAUUUCUAUUAUAUACAUUCUGGGGAUUACAUCGAGAACCUGGAAGAGCAUACGACGCAACUCAAGAUCUAUUUCGUGAAAUUCCAGAAAAUCCUUCAGCGAGAUCUUCUCUUUUCCACAGUGAGCUUGAUAGCAUCGUUCGGUGGAAUUUACAGCCUCUUCAUGGGUUGUAGUCUGAUUACAAUUUGCGAGAUAAUCUAUUACUGUACCCUGAGGUUGUUCGUCAAGAAGCAGAUAUCUAAGAGGACAAUGGAUUCUAGAAAAUGAUGCAAUAUGUAAGGCAUCCUCUUGCAUUCGU